ACAAUAUCCCAUCGACGCGCCAGCUUUUCUCCAUCGCAAAGCUCAUGAUAAGUUCGCUCACUGCAAUUCCCUACGGCUGAGGAGUAUCGGACAAAGAUCUGUAUACUCCUUGCGUCUGGCACGAUCACCCCGUCCAAAAUCUUUAUCGAAAGCAUGCUUCCACCCCUUCCAAUCCUUGGCAACUACGGAAUUUCACCAGAAUAUGGUUUCCUUCCGACUGAAUUGCCUCUCGAGAGGCUCCCUGAUCCAUACUACAAUAAAUGGGAGGCUGUAGUUGCGAAUCUUCAAGGCUUGAUUCUAAGCAAACGCUUGCGCGGAGUCAUCGACCUACUUCCUGUCCUUUCCACUGCGGGUCUGGAACAUGACUCGGAAUGGAGGAGAGCGUACUCGCUGUUGUGUUUCAUGGCCCAUGGCUACAUCUGGGGCGGUGAUAGCCCUUCAGAGCGUUUGCCGGCUGCAAUUUCGAUUCCGCUCAUUCACAUCUCGGCACACCUCGAAGUGCUCCCAGUCGCUACCUAUGCGGGGGUUUGUCUCUGGAACUUUAAGCCUUUAUUCCAAGACGAGCCUGUCGACAAUAUGGAAAAUCUGGCGACCCUCACGACGUUCACAGGUUCUAUUGACGAAUCAUGGUUCUAUCUCAUAUCCGUGGCUAUUGAAGCUCGGGGAGCGCCAAUCAUCCCCUUGAUGCUGGCUGCUAUCCAAGCGGCAAGAUUACACGACGGCGCAACGGUCGCUGCUUGCCUUCGAGCAUUCGCCGAAAGGUUGGAUGAUCUUGGCACCCUUCUGCAGCGUAUGCAUGAGAGUUGUGAUCCGCAGGUUUUCUACAAUCGCAUCCGACCUUUCCUUGCUGGAAGCAAGAACAUGGGCGAGGCUGGACUCCCUGAUGGCGUGAUGUACGAAGAUGGCACAGGAAAUGAAAGGUUUCGACAAUAUAGUGGUGGUAGCAAUGCUCAAAGCUCCAUCAUCCAGUUCUUCGAUAUUAUUCUCGGUAUCGAGCACCGUCCAACUGGUGAUAAGAAGGACGCAGCCACUGGGAGCGAGCUUGAAGGCACAUCACCUCCGCCCAAGCACAACUUCCUGCUUGAAAUGCGAAAAUACAUGCCAGGACCACACCGUCGUUUCCUGGAAGACGUCGCCAAGGUCGCUAACAUUCGUGAUUACGUUGAAAGACACCGGAACAAUUCAGAGCUUGUUUUGGCUUAUGACGCUUGUCUUGCAAUGCUCCGAGAGUUCCGAAAUAAGCACAUCAACAUCGUAUCUCGGUACAUUGUAAUCAAGUCAAGGGAGUCGAGAUCACUAUCCCGUUCAAAGAGCCCUACCGUUCGACGCCACAAGGUUGAUAUUGCCACGGCCUCACGUCACGACAAGAGCGACAGCGGCAAGAAGAACUUGAAAGGAACCGGCGGGACUGCUUUGAUUCCAUUUUUGAAACAAGCUCGUGAUGAGACUGGAGAGCCAGCCAUUGAUUCCUGGGCUCGACGUGUGAUGAAUCAAGACAUUAGCAUUAAAGCUCAAGGUGACUUCUUCUCUGGGAAGCUGGUCGAGCCGUCUACUGACGAAGUCGAUACCUGUGGCCUGGCUGGUAGUUGGACACUUGAUGAAAAUGCUGGCGGACUAUGCCACUAUUGAAUGCAAUUUUCACAAGCAAAUGUGUUUCAGGAAUUGUUGGCCACUGGUGAAAUAUGAAAAACGAGUCCUGUGUAGCGAUUAGACAACUGAAUGUCCGAAAUGUCCGAUUGCUCGUUAUGACAGUAUCUAACUGUCUGUUAUUAAAUGCCAAUGGCCAUCUAAGUUACAUCUCAUAAUAAAUGCGACCUCGUGCUUUUACAAUGUGCUUUUAACCUACAUAUAGCCCUUCCCCUAAAUAAGGUAGACAGCUGCCUACUAAUCUCAAAACAAGAUCAUGAU